AUGAAAGAACAACCAGGGCAGCUGAGCGAUACCCAAUAUGCUGGCAGUCAUGAAUUGCCAGAUGGCCAGGUUGCAAGCGAGGUAGCCGACAGCCCAGCUACACAAUACCUUGGAGGGGCUCGACUACAUCUGCUUACUGCUACACUCUGCUUGUGUCUGUUCUUAACAAAUCUAGAGAUACCUAUCGUUUCGACAUCGCUUAUCAGCAUCGCGGGUGACCUUGGUGGGCUGGAAAAGCUAUAUUGGAUUACCACAGCAUACAUGCUUGGAUAUGCAGGAAUCUUGGUUCUGUCCGCGAAGUUCAGUGAUAUAUUAGGUCGCAAGACAUGUCUUCUUGUGGCUGUCAUUUUAUUCGUGGUCUUUUCAGCGGCUUGCGGUGCCGCCCAGACAAUGAAUCAGCUGAUCAUCUUCCGUGCACUACAGGGCCUCGGAGGGGCUGGCAAUUACGCCAUUUCCACAAUCAUCGUACUCGAGAUGAUACCCCCCGAAAAGUUUGCAAAAUACACUGGCCUUGUAUCUGCAGCUUUCGUAUUUUCCCUUCUCUUCGGUCCCAUAUUUGGGGGUGCAAUCACUCAACACUCCACUUGGAGAUGGAUUUUCCUUCUUAACGUUCCAGCCGGUGUAGCCGCAACUAUAGCUUUGAUCUUUCUGCUGCCUAAUGGAUUCCCUUAUCAUUCUAAGGCACGCGAAGAUAGAGGCUCUCUUCGUGAAUCCAUCGAGAAGGCGUUUCGUCGUAUCGACAUUGUGGGGGCGUUUUUGCUUGUUGCGGCAACGGUGCUGCUAGUGACAGGUCUCGAUGAAGCAGAUGAGCAAUUCGCUUGGCGCUCUGCAUUUACUAUUGCAGUAUUGGUUAUCUCGGGUGUUUUAUGGAUCCUAUUCGCGAUUUGGGAACGCCGAGUGACCCUCAAUGCAAGCACCACAGAGCCUGUGUUUCCGUGGCGGUUCUUCCAGAACAGAGUCUGGAUUUCGAUGCUGCUAAAUGCGAUAUUCCUUGGGAUGAAUUGGUUCGUAACCAUAUUCAUUCUGCCGCAGCGCUUCGAAAUUGUCAAUCAGCUCACACCUUUCCAUGCCGCCAUCCGAUUUAUCCCAUUCACGGUAUCCUCUCCGGUCGGGUCGAUGUUGGCACCGACCAUUGCCAAAGCCUUUCGGAUCCCCCUGAUGUAUCUUCUUAUAAUUGGUUCCGCUAUCCAGGUUGUCGCCUUCGCCCUCCUGGGAACUAUGCCCAGUCAGCAUGCAAUCCCGGCUCGACAGUAUGGCUACGAGUUCCUAGGCGGCUUCGGAUGUGGAAUCAGCAUUCCAAUCCUCACUCUGAUGACACCCUUUUCCACGGAGAAGAGAGACCAUGCUGUUGCUAUGGGAGCGAUCGCCCAAUUUCGAGUUAUGGGGGGGUCUAUAGGUCUGGCUAUUGCCACCGCCAUUCAACAUAGCUACAUACGCUCCCAUCUGCGGCAAUUUCUGGCAGGCAAUGUAGUGGAGGCUCUGCUGCAGUCAGCCUCGGCUAUCUCCACACUUCCCACUGGUACGCAAGAUUUGGUCCGUGGGACCUACGCUGUCAGUUAUAACAUGCAGAUGAAGUUCCUGGCUUGUACAGCAGGGGCUCAGCUGUUGACAUCACUGAUGAUGUGGCAACAAAAUCCCAUCGUGGCAUCGUAG